GUUGGCCCCUUCUCGCGACAUCGUCAGGCGAGUGGGUGUGAGAGAGUUAGACGGCGAUGGCGUGCGGCGCUGUGACCUUCCCGCCCCUUUCUCCGCGGAUGCCCAUGGCGUUCGCUCCAUCCGGUUUCUCUUCUUCUUCUUCCUCUUCUUCUUCCUCUCCGUUCUUCUCCGCCGCCGCUGCUCCUCUCAGGAUUAGGGCCGCAAGCACCGCGGCGCUGCCGGUGCCUCCCCUGAACCCCCGCGAUCCCUUCCUCUCCAAGCUCGCCUCUGCCGCCGCCGCCGCUCCCGAUCCCUUUGCUUUGGCCUCGUCACCUGACCCCGACUCCCCGCCCUACCUCCACCUCUUUGACUCCCCGAAACUCAUGGCCACUCCUGCCCAGGUGGAGCGUUCUGUUUCUUACAAUGAACACCGACCAAGGAAGCCUCCCCCAGAUUUGCCAUCAUUACUGCUCCAUGGCCGAAUUGUCUACAUUGGCAUGCCAUUGGUGCCAGUUGUCACCGAGCUUGUGAUUGCUGAAUUGCUUUACUUGCAAUGGAUGGAUCCAAAGCAGCCUAUUUAUUUGUACAUCAAUUCAACUGGAACAACCCGUGAUGAUGGUGAAACUGUAGCGAUGGAAACAGAGGGUUUUGCUAUUUAUGAUGCUAUGAUGCAGUUAAAAAAUGAGAUUGAGACUGUAGCUGUUGGAGCUGCAAUAGGUCAGGCCUGUCUACUUCUUGCUGCAGGAAAGAAAGGUAGACGAUUUAUGAUGCCUCAUUCUAAAGCUAUGAUUCAACAACCUCGUGUUCCAUCAUCUGGCCAGAUGCCAGCAAGUGAUGUUAUUAUUCGUGCAAAAGAGGUCGUAACCAAUAAGGACACACUAGUCAAACUUCUAGCAAAGCACACGGGAAAUUCCGUGGACACAGUAUCAAAGGUGAUGCAAAGACCUUUUUACAUGGAUUCAAUAAAGGCAAAAGAAUUUGGGGUCAUAGACAAGAUUCUUUGGCGUGGUCAAGAGAAGAUGAUGGCAGAUGCCCUCUCCCCCGAGGAAUGGGACCGUCAAGCAGGAAUUAAAGUUGCUGAUGGGCUGUGAUUUUCACUUUUUUUCCCCUCAAAGUUUACUGUGGUACAAGUAGCAUUGAUGUGAAAAAUGCUAGUAGGGAAGAAAUCAUCUACCAUGGCAAAUUAAAGAAAACUUGGAGUUCCCUGAUUAAAUAUACUGCGCUAAUGUCCUGAGGCUUUCUGCCUUGGCUCUCCACUUGUACCGUAAAGCGCAUAAUUUGCCAUGCUGGAAACUCAUUUAGAAUGUCGAAGAAACUUAGCUGAUGAACCGAUGGAAAUUAUAAAAAUGUUUUCUUCUGUGACGUAUGUGUAAUGAAAAGUCUGUAUGAUCGGGUAACAAAAGGUUCCAAUCUAUUGCUAAAUGGACUUGCAGUAUUCUUCAA